GCGUUAUUCCUUUUGAACCAAAGAACCGACCCGAACACGAUUGCGUUAAUACUCGGCUUCACCGGGGCGGCACCAUUUAAAGGCCCUAUAGCUUUGAUAUUUUCACUCGUCGCUCGGUAGCAGCCUAGCCAGACAGGGUACCGUUGGCCGCCACAGCAGCGCCCCGUUUUGGGGCAUUCGCUUCAUGUGCGGCUUGAGACCGGGGCCCCACCGUUAGCCUUCACGGCCCGGAGUUAUUUCGUCAUUAUCAAAGAUGGAGGGCGAGGGGCUGCAACCGGUGGAGAUAUACAGCACCGGGACCACCACCUACUCGCGGUAUGAUGUGGUGCUCGGACGUGGUGCAUUCAAGACGGUGUUCCGUGCUUUUGACGAAGAGGAGGGCAUCGAAGUGGCCUGGAAUCAGAUCAAGGUCAACGAUCUGGCGUCCUCGCCCGCGGAGCGGGAGCGCCUGUGGGCUGAAAUUCGUGUGCUCAAGCAGCUCAAGCAUAAGAACAUUAUGACCUUCUACGACUCGUGGCUCGACAACAAGAACAACACGGUCAACUUCAUCACAGAGCUGUUUACGUCCGGCACGCUCCGGCAGUAUCGGAAAAAGCAUAAGCAUAUCGAUGAGCAAGUGCUGAAGCGCUGGGCGUGGCAGAUCCUGCAAGGCCUGGUGUACCUGCACGGCCACAAUCCGCCCAUCAUCCAUCGCGACCUCAAAUGCGACAACAUCUUCGUGAAUGGAACCUCGGGAGUCAUCAAAAUUGGCGACCUGGGUCUGGUGACGCUAUGCCGCGGCUUCACGGCGCCGCAGUCGGUGCUGGGCACGCCCGAGUUCAUGGCGCCGGAGCUGUAUGAGGAGAAAUACGACGAGAAGGUGGACGUGUACUCGUUCGGCAUGUGCCUGCUGGAGCUGGCGACCAUGGAGUACCCAUACUCGGAGUGCAAGAACGCGGCGCAGAUCUACAAGAAGGUCACGCAGGGCAUUCACCCCGGCGGCCUAUCCAAGGUGGAGGGGCAGAACCUUCGGGAGUUCAUCCAGGUCUGCAUCCAGCACGACCCCAACCAGCGACCGGAGGCGCGCCAGCUGCUGAAGCACCCCUUUUUUGAGUCCAUCCGCGCGCAGCUCAGCUGCGGCGGCAUGGACCGUGUCCCGGUGGACCGGACAGUGGGUACGGCCGAUGAGGCCACGCCAGUGGGGAACGUGACCCCAGAGGUGGGGUCGGACGAGGAGCAGCCGGCGGCGCGACCGGCGGUGGGGUCGUCGCCGCAGGCUGCUGCCGCUGCUGCCGCUGGGAACGGGCAAGUGACGAGGGCCGGGAGCUUUGCGGACGGGGGCGAGGCGGAGGCGCCGAUGCGGGCACCCUCGCCCGGCCUACCCAUGGCGCGGGCGCCGUCGCCUGGGCUGCCCUCCGGCGGGCCGAUGCGGGCGCCGUCGCCGGGGCUGCAGGGCAUGCCCUCCGACGCGGCCGCAGCUGCUGCUGCUGCGGCGGCGGCGGGGCAGCACCACCUCAUCCCUACGCCCGAGUACCUGCCGCACGGCGUGCCGCUGCCCGAGUCAGCUUCGCAGCAGGACCUGCGUUCGCCGCACCUACAGGAGCUGCUGAUCGGGGCCCACAACGGCGGCUCGUUGGCCAACCUGCAGGGGGUGGGCAGCGGCGGCGGCAGCAGCAUGGCACCGCAGGGCUCCGUGGCGUCCGCCUACAGCGCCGGCACGGCCGGGCAAGCGGGCGACGGGCUGCAAGGCGAGCUGUCCACGUCAGCGCUGGCGGCGGCGGAGGGCGACACGGGCGGGCACGGUGACGGCAACUGCGAGGAGGAGCUGGGCAGCAUGGUGUGGCCGCGGGAAAUCAACCUGCACUGCAAGCAGGUGGAGGAGUCGAAGCUGAGCUUCCAGCUGCGGUUCACGGAGCCGGCAGGGCACUGCAAGACCAUUGAGUUCCAGUUUGACAUGGGGGAGGACACGGCGGAGUGCAUCGCCAACGAAAUGAUGGAGGACCUGUCGCUGUCGGCGGUGGAGGCGCAGGACAUUGCGGCUAAGAUCCGCGAGGAGAUCUCGCGCAAUGGCGGCCUCCGAUCUCCCGGUGGCAGUUCCUCUGUCGCCGCUGCCGCAGUGGCCGCGUUGUCGCCGGACGCGGUGCCCGCGCCUCCGGCAGCGGCGGUGGCGGCUCCACCGCCCCUGCCGCCUCUGGCGCCUUCGUAUGCCGCCGCGGUGUCGACGCCAGCGGCAGCGUCGCCGCCACUCCCGCCGUCUUCAAGCGGGCGCCUCUCGGACCCCAGCGGCAAGCCGCCGCUGCCAUCGCAGCCUCCGCCGGUGUCGCAGCCGGCAGCGCCAGCGCAGCCAGCACUGCCUGUGCAGCCUGCCGCGUCCGCAGAGAUGCGGCGCUCGUCCACCACGGGGCUUGCGAACGGUGGCGCUGCGCGCAGCACAGGCGCGGGCAUGGGCGCGGGUGUUGCGACGAAGUCGGGCUACCACACACCGGCCGGCGAGGAGGGCGGCAGCGUGGGUGGCAGCUCGCUGAAGGGCGUGUCGAUUCACGAGCUCAUAGCAGCCAUGAGGGCCGCGCAGGACGAGGUAGCGGCCGAGGCGGCGGCGCAGCAGCAACACGGCCUGCCGCGGCAGACGUCGCUGCCGUCUACGCACCCUAACGGCACGCACUGAGGCUGUCAUUUUGGCCACACUUAUGACUGCGUAUCUGGUUUCGGCCUCAGGGCGAGGUAUGUGGGGGCCUCAGGCAGCGGCCGUCAAGGCCCAUAUUUUGCAUGAGCAGUUCGUAGCAGUUCGUGGGUAGGGCAAUAAGGGUGUGUGCAAGCACUGCUCGUCUCCUGCUGCAUAGCUGCCGGGCGGUAACGCCUCGAGGAGCGCUGCCGAGCUUGCUUGGUUGUGGCAGCAGGCGCCCCUGCUUGGGAAGCGCUUCGGCGGAGGAACUGCCGAGGCGUCUUGGGCACAUGUGCCGGGCCUCCCGCGCUGUGACCUUUUGAGGAGACUGAGGAGCGCUUGCAGUCGCAGCUGCCAAUCCCCAGACACUUCUAGUCAGGAUCAUCCUGUGUACACUCGGGGAUGCCAGGAUUUGGGUAGCAAUGCUCUACGCCGACAGCGCAUGAUUGGUUUUGUGGCUACGCGCCUACGCAACACGAGGAAUACAGAGUCCAGAUUGAGGACGCGGCGCGUAGCGCGUAGCCUGUGUUUCGGGUUCGAAACGUGCCGUGUGUUUUGGCCGUGUAUGGUUGGUCGUUUGGGUGAAUUCUGCUAUCGGCGUUGACGAAAGCCUGCUGACUCCUUGAUGGGACGAUGGAGGGCUGUUUUUGCAUUGGUUUGCAGCCCGCAUUGUUUGACAUGCUCACGCCGAGUCAGCAAGCGGUGCGGAAUACAAUAUACAACGGCAAUCGGGUCGACACACAUGCGGUACAGCGUCCGGCCCCGCUAGAAAGGGAUUGGACGCAUGCUUCCCGGCCCGCUGCCGUCGACUUGUUGACAAGUGCCCAAGCUUCGAUCAGUGCACUGUCGUUGUGAAUAUGACCUUGGACUGGAGUUCCAAGAGUUGCUUUUACCCUGCGUUUACCCUGAGACAUGGUAGCAAGUCAGCUGUCUUGGGCGAGGCGCCACUGCAUGCACUCGACGUGCGGUAAUGGCCCGUAUGGCCGUAUGGAUGAGGCAGGGCGUGGAAGUGGCACACGUAUGUCUUACCUUCGCCAAGUGCAAGGAGCAAUCGAUCCGGACUGAAACGAAACGAGGGCAGGUCUGUAAACGCUCUGCUGG